AUGUCCUGGCGAAUCGUUGAAAUCAUUAGCCUUGCUGCUAUACAAACGGUCAUUGUGAAUAUUCUACUGCUGAGUCAAUUUUCCUUCCGGCCUGCUUUGCACUGGAUGUUGCUUGGAAUUUCUUUCGUAACCGCCCUGCUAUUGCUGACUCGUAGUAAAAGUGCCCGUUGCGUGUCAAUGCUCUUAGUUCCACAGUUUCUAAGCAAACGAGGCCGCGCAGCACUUAUCGGAUACAUUUUUUUACUCACUGUUACGGGACCAACUGCAAACACGAUGCACAAUGUAGAAGUACUGGGGGGAACGUUAAGCUGUACCCAGCAGCAGCUAAAGAUGGCCAUCCGGGAUACGAUUGGUGCACUGAAGGUUCCCUUCCAGGCGAUGAAACAGAUCAUCGAUGAACUGUUGAAAACUGUCGAACAAUCCUUUAUGAAAGUGCAAAGAACAAUGAUGGAAAUGUUAAAGUUGGUCAAAAGAAUACUUCACGCCAUUAAGAGCGCCUACGACUGGCUGCGGGACAUAGUAUCCGUUUGCAAUGACAAGCUGGGAACACCUUCCGAACGCUGCCUUCAUGCUUUGGAUCAAACGAUCGAAAGUUGUAAAGAGGAAAUGGGUAACAUGGACUUUCUGUGCGAAGUGACACAAGUGGGCAAAACAGUCUGCUACGGUGCAAAAAUGGUAGACUAUUUUUGUGAGCUUGUUGAUUUUAUAAGCGACGCUGUUAUCGAGGAAAUUGAGCAGGGCAUUCAAAACCUGAUGCGUAAUUUGGAGGAACUCUUUCGCGUGAAAGUUGAAUUUGAUCAUUCAUUUGACUUUGCCACCAAUGCUUCGAAAACGUUUGCUGAAGUAGGUGCAGAAAUAAGGCAAGAAAUUGUGGACCGAACUUUACCAUUAAGGAGAACUUUUAACGUUCUGGAGAUGGUUACUAGUGGCUUUUUUGUGUGCAUAGUCUUAAGAGCUAUUCGUUACAGGAAGCGGUACUUGAAAAAAGAUAGUUAUGAUAAUAACUUUCUAACCGAAGAUUUUUAUGCCAUCGAAAACCGAAGAUUGGAAUUAAACAUAGAAACUCUUUUUCCAUUGACACGCAAAGAGAGUCAUCGUUAUGUGACUUUAACCUCGGUUCAUCUGACUUGGAAGGAACGCUUUCGUAUAGCAAAAUCGGUUACCUUUUUAGUGAUCUCUACUGUUCAAAUUUGUGGCCAAUUAGCGGCGGAUUACGCACUCUACUGGCUGUUAACGUUGAUCAAACAUUUUAUGCACGAAGGAUCCAUUAAUAUGAAGGGACCCACUGUCAGUGCCGUAACUCCUCCGGUAGUAGGCGUCAGUGGUGAUGGCAUACUCGCGGAUACGUUGCGUGAUAUCGUACGUUCGUUCGAACCGAUCAUAAACGGAACGGCGAUAGAUCCUUCCCAGUGUAUUCCCGAUGCAUCUCAGCCACGAUUUGCACGCUACGGUCAGAUCGGAACAUUACUGAUGCUUUGUUGGUGCUUUGCGUUUAUUGAACCGUACAGAUUGCGCGUUAGACAACUCGUAAUGCGACGAUACUAUCCCGCCAGGGCUCGUGCCCGUGCGAUCUGGCUUUACAGUGACAUUCUGUUGAAGCGAGAGAACUUAUUAAAGGUUCUAAGAACGCACAUCAUUGGAACCAGGGAUCGUAACCAACAGGAAAGAGUGCAUUGGUUGGAUGUGGUACGGGCGAAGACUAAUCGUUAUUGGAUCUGCCGAACGGUGUUGGGCCAGGGAGGAACUGUACGAUGUAUAUUAUGUGGUGAUGUAUUGAAAGAGUUUUCAGAUCCACUCGUAAGGUGUUCGAGACCAGAAUGUCCCGGAAUUUACUGUCAGGAUUGUUUGCUUGAAACUGGGAACAAUUGUUCACUCUGCUUGGAUAUUCUGAUGUCGGAAGCAAGAGAGUUGGAUGAAAUAUAUCUGGAAUAG